AUCUGUGGAGUGUAGUUUCUUUGUUCUAACCACACUUGUUCCACAGCCAUGGUAGAAGGUUUCUUACUCUGCAAAUUCAUUGUCAUUCUUCUGCUGUGAUCAGCUCAUCUAGGAUUUCUUAAUGGGGCCACCUGUUAAUGGGGUUGAUUCUUUAUCAGAGGUUCAGAAUUCGGUUUCUGUGGUAGAUCAUGGUCCUUCUUCAACAUCUGAGAUUCCUGGGCCUUCUCGGCCUCCGAUAAGAGCAUCUAAAAAUAAUGGGGCUUCUUCCAGUCAGCAAAAUUAUGGAAUGAAGACUGUACACCACCAAAAGCAUCCCGAUCAGGUGGUUGACAAUGUGGAGCGUGACGGAACGUCAGAUAUGGAGAAGCAGUAUUAUAAUGUUAACGGAAAAUCUGAUUAUGUAAGCCUCAAUAAAUCUGUUGAAAGUUGUUUAGGAAAGAAUAUCUCCACAAUGGAAGCAAAAUUAAGCAUCAAGCAACCAUUAGACUCUUCCAAGAAUUGUGAUUAUAGUGGCGAAUUAGAAUCUGACAAUUGCAAAUUAGGUUCAUCAAAAGGAGUUGUUGAUCAAACAAAGAGUUACUGUCAAUCAGAGAUUACUUUUUGUCCAAGUCCUCAGAAUAGUUUCUAUUCAGAAGCCAAGGAUAGUUUUGCCAAUACUGGAGUCAGUGAAUGUGUUAGUGUUGAUAAGUCAAUUGAAAGUGGAGAAGUUACUAAUUCCUGCGAAUUUAAUGAGAGCAGGAAGACCAGUAUCUGUAGAGGGAGUACUGGAAGUGACAUCAGUGAUGAGAGCAGCACCAGUAGUUUGAGCAGUGCUUUGUAUAAACCCCACAAGGCAAAUGAUAUUCGAUGGGAAGCAAUUCAAGCAAUCCGAGUCCGUUAUGGGGUGUUGGAAAUGAGACAUUUUAGAUUGUUGAAGAAAUUGGGAUGUGGAGACAUAGGAAGCGUAUAUCUAGCUGAAUUAAGUGGCACAAGGACUUGUUUUGCCAUGAAAGUAAUGAACAAAACCGAGCUGGCAAGUCGCAAGAAGCUUGUUAGAUCUCAGACAGAGAGAGAGAUUCUGCAGUCUCUAGAUCAUCCAUUUCUACCAACAUUAUACACACACUUUGAGACAGAGACAUUCUCCUGCUUGGUAAUGGAGUUUUGCCCUGGUGGGGACUUGCAUGCACUCAGGCAGAGACAACCUGGGAAGUAUUUUCCUGAGAUUGCUGCCAGGUUCUAUGUGGCAGAAGUUCUCCUUGCUUUGGAGUACUUGCACAUGCUCGGCGUCAUCUACAGAGACCUUAAGCCAGAGAAUGUGUUGGUGAGAGAAGAUGGCCAUAUAAUGCUCUCAGAUUUUGAUCUCUCUCUAAGGUGUGCUGUCAGUCCUACUCUGGUGAAGUCAUCAAACACUAGCUUGGAAACAAAAAGCUCAGGAUACUGCAUUCAGCCUGCCUGCAUUGAGCCAACUUGUGUAAUACAACCAGAUUGCAUUCAACCUUCAUGCUUCACACCACGCUUUCUCUCUGGAAAAUCCAAGAAAGAUAAAAAGUCAAAGCAAAAAAAUGAUGUGCAAAAUCAGGUGACCCCUCUACCUGAGCUUAUUGCCGAGCCCACGAAUGCUCGAUCAAUGUCCUUCGUGGGGACACACGAGUACCUGGCACCUGAGAUCAUCAAAGGUGAAGGGCAUGGCAGCGCCGUGGACUGGUGGACUUUUGGAAUAUUCUUAUACGAGCUCUUGUUCGGUAGAACACCGUUCAAAGGUUCGGCGAACCGAGCAACGCUGUUUAAUGUUGUUGGCCAGCCCUUGAAGUUUCCAGAAUCCCCUACUGUCAGCUUUGCUGCCAGGGACUUGAUAAGGGGUUUACUUGUGAAGGAGCCUCAGAAUCGCCUUGCAUAUAGACGUGGAGCUACCGAAAUAAAACAACAUCCAUUCUUUCAUAAUGUUAACUGGGCACUGAUCCGAUGUGCAAAUCCUCCAGAAGUUCCAAGAAUGGCCAUGAAAGCACAUUCAGCUGAAAAGGUGCCUGGUGUGAAGCCUUCUGGUAACUAUUUAGAUAUUGAUUUCUUUUGAUCCUGAUGUCUGUUUUCUCCUUUGAACUAAUUUCCAUCUUCUAUUUGUGUUGUUUGCCCAUGGUUCUUUCCAUUGUAUAAAAUGCUGCCACUCUUUUUAUCUACAUUCAUCGAUGCUUGCAAUUGUCCAUGAUAAACUGCUGUAAGAAACUCCAAAUGCAUUAAAUUGAAGAACAAGGUUUCUGGUCUCUUA